GUGCAUAUUUAUUUUCAAUAUCGUUGAUAAAAAAUAACACAAUAUAUUAAUUUCAAAAUCUUAAAUAUUACUUACAGUUGUUAAUCAACUUCGGAACGCUUAGUAUAUACCUAUAUAAAAAACAGUAAUGUACUUAUUACCUCAUUUUUAAGUUUUAAUUUAUAAAAUAACUACAAUCAUAUACUAUUUAAAUGAGUUUUUGUUCAUGUGCAAAGCUAGGUGACUAGAACUAAUAAAAUGACUAACAAUUUGUUGUUUAAAAUAACGAAACUGAAAGGACUACGUUCUCUUAAUGGACAUAAUAUAAUUUAUCAUAUAUUUUCGAGAAAUAAUCACUGGUCGAAGUACAGCUAUAUGUGCGGGGCCUCGAGUGAACCACUCAAACCUUAUACAAUCGGAGGAGUUUUCAAUGACGCCGUACAACAGACUCCGGACCGAGAGUUCCUGGUUAGCCGCCACGAAAACAAACGAUUCACGUUCGCCGCCAUAAACUCCGAGGUGGAUAAGCUGUGCAGGAGUUUUAAUGCCAUUGGCCUUAAGCACGGGGACCGAGUCGGAAUAUGGAUGCCCAAUCGGGCAUUUUACUAUACGGCGAUUAUCGCUACAGCCCGCCUGGGACUGAUCUUGGUAAACAUAAAUCCAGCGUAUCAAAGUGACGAACUAAAACACAGUUUAACGCUGGCUGAAGUUAAGUGUCUGAUAAUCAUAGAAAAGUUCAAGACUCAAAAUUAUCCUGAAAUAUUGGAGAAGGUCGAUCCGGAAAUUUGGAAGCGACCUCCCAAUACGCCAGUUAAGUCGAAAACCUUACCCAUGCUGAAAUCGGUUAUUUUUGAUUCUGAAAAUAGUUUUAACGGUGCCUAUAAUUUACAAACAUUCCUGGACAUGGGUUUCAAUACAGAUUAUAGUAUACCUAAAAUUCAACCAGACGAAGGAUGUAAUAUUCAGUUUACUUCAGGCACCACUGGUAAGCCAAAAGCAGCAUUAUUGAAUCAUUUUGGACUAAUUAACAACGCUUACUUUAUCAUGAAGCGUUUAGGGAUCUACGAUGAUAACAACAAAGGAAAGUUACAUAAAUUCUGCUGUCCAAUGCCAUUAUUUCAUGCUUUUGCUUUAUCCAUUGCUGUCGUUGCACCUAUGGUUACCAAAUCAACAGUUUAUUUACCGUCAGCUCAUUUUGAUUCGAAAGCGACGGUUGACGUUAUUACAAAAGACAAAUGUACACUUAUAUUUGGUACGCCGACGAUAUACUUUGACUCUAUGUCCGCUUUCGAAAAACUUCCUCCAGAACAACAAGAUAACGACCUUAAAAUCGCUAUAACCGGUGGCGCCACUUGUUCUCCAAAUUUGAUGAACAAAUUUAAGAAUAUGUUCCCACGCGCUAAAUUAUUGUCUUUGUUCGGGAUGACAGAAACCAGUCCCUGUUCGUUUCUAAAUUUCAUAAACGAUUCAAAUGAACGGAUAAUGUCGACGAUGGGUUUCAUACAAGAUCACGUGGAGGCGAAAGUGGUUGAUACCAAUGGCGAUAUGGUACCGUUCGGGACUCCCGGGGAAUUGUUGAUUCGCGGAUACUUGAAAAUGAAUGGUUACUUUAACGAUGAAGAAAAAACAAAAGAAACGAUCGAUUCGAAUGGUUGGCUACACACAGGAGACCAAUUCGUUUUGUACGAAGACGGAUAUGGCAAUCACGUUGGCAGAUUAAAAGAAAUGAUAAUCCGCGGUGGUGAAAACUUAUUUCCUAAAGAGAUAGAAUACUUUUUGGAGUCUCAUCCAUUGAUUGCACAAAUUCAAGUAUACGGUGUACCCGAUCAGCGGAUGGGCGAAGAAGUGUGUGCAAGCGUCAUCGUCAAGGAAGGUGCUUCGGUCACCGAAGCAGACAUAAAAGCGUACUGCAAAGGAAAGAUUGCCCAUUUUAAGAUCCCCAAAUACAUAUUCAUCGAAAAGGACGGGUUCCCGAUGACAGCGUCGGGCAAAGUGCAAAAGUUUCGGUUAAGAGAAAUGGCGAUGCAACGGAUUUCGAGCUUGAGCUAAUCUAUAAUUAUUUUAUAACACAAAUGUCAGCGAUAAUCUAUGUAUAAUAAUUAUUUAUUUGCAUCUUUAUACCUAUUAUACUUUACUUUGAGCCAAGCUUGUAUUCAAUUAAAAUAAAUAAAUAAGUAUUCAUAUGA